CCCAAUCCUUCACCGUUGUCACAUCAUCUGCGAUCUACUCAACGAUUAUUGAAUUUACUUUCCAGCCGGACUGAUAUUGAUCAUCCUCUCUGUUCGGAAUGUACGCAUAUCCUUCUGACAACCCUCACUCGACAACUCGAAGAAACUAAGAAGGAACGUGAUGGCUACAUUGCAUUCGAAAAGGAGGUCAGGAAAGAGAAGGAGCGAGAGAAGGAAGGUAUGAGCAAAGAAGAAGCAGAAAGGAAGAUUGCCCAGCUGAAUGAGGACGAACAACUCGCGAUCGAGCAGCUGCGAGAGGCUGAGCGCGAGCAGAAGCAGUUGCAAGAGGAGAUGAAGGCGUUGGAAUUGGAGGAAGAAGCCCUGGGAGACGAGGAAGAGGAGUUUUGGCGAAUACACAACGUCCAACUCCUGAAAUCAACAGAACAGAGUUCUCAGUUAUCUGCCUUGCGGGCAGCAUAUGCUGCCGACUCAGCAACGUUAGAACGAUUGGAGCGAACCAAUGUGUAUAACGAUGCCUUCUGUAUAGGGCACGAUGGCGUAUUUGGUACUAUUAAUGGACUCCGCCUAGGAAGAGUUCCUGGAGUUCCUGUCGAAUGGGCCGAAAUAAACGCUGCGUGGGGACAGACUUUGCUGCUUCUGUAUACUAUCGCCCGCAAACUUGAUUUCACAUUUGAAAAUUAUCGCUUAAUUCCCAUGGGCUCCUUUUCUCGCAUUGAGAGGAUCGGCGGUGACAAAGCAACUUACGAGUUAUACGGCUCGGGAGACCUUCACCUUGGCCGUCUCCUUCAUAACCGUCGCUUCGAUUUCGCAAUGGUGGCAUUCUUGGACUGCUUAAAGCAACUCACGGAUUGGACAAAGUCACAAGAUCCUAGUUUGGAAUUUCCUCACCAGAUCGUCAAAGAUAAGAUUGGCGAGUCAUCCGUCAAACUCCAGUUCAGUCAGGAGGAGGCUUGGACUCGCUCUUUAAGGCACGUCUUGUUGGCCCUCAAAAUUCUACUCAAGUGGACGACGAAC